GGAAAAGUCAAAUUAGUUUGUCAUAGAAGCUUGUAUCGUGAAGAAUUGGUAGAUUUUUAUUUAGUGAAAUAAGUGUAUUUCUUAUUGCGGCUUAAUCAAAAAAAACCGACGAGAGAAGUCCAUUCCCGAAAAUGAAGUUCUGCUUAGGCUUGGGUUUGCUGCUCGUCUGCAGCGUCCUCGCGGCGAAGGACGAGAAAAAGGAAAAGGACGAUGUGGGGACCGUUAUCGGAAUCGAUCUGGGCACGACUUAUUCGUGCGUCGGCGUUUACAAAAACGGCCGCGUCGAAAUCAUCGCCAACGACCAAGGUAACCGCAUAACGCCCUCGUACGUGGCCUUCACCGCCGACGGCGAACGCCUCAUCGGCGACGCCGCCAAAAACCAACUCACCACCAACCCGGAAAACACCGUCUUCGACGCCAAACGCCUCAUCGGCCGCGACUUCUCCGACGCCACCGUCCAACAGGACGCCAAACACUUCCCCUUCAAAGUCAUCGAAAAGAACCAGAAACCCCACAUACAGGUGGAGACCAGCCAGGGCGACAAGAUCUUCGCGCCCGAAGAAAUCUCCGCCAUGGUGUUGGGCAAGAUGAAGGAAACGGCCGAGGCCUAUUUGGGCAAAAAGGUGACGCACGCCGUCGUGACGGUGCCCGCCUACUUCAACGACGCCCAACGACAGGCCACCAAGGACGCCGGCGUCAUUGCCGGUUUGAACGUGAUGAGGAUCAUCAACGAACCCACCGCCGCCGCCAUUGCUUACGGUUUGGAUAAGAAAGAAGGCGAAAAGAACGUUUUGGUGUUCGAUUUGGGCGGUGGUACUUUCGAUGUGUCAUUAUUGACCAUCGAUAAUGGCGUGUUCGAGGUGGUUGCUACCAACGGAGACACCCAUUUGGGCGGAGAAGAUUUCGAUCAACGGGUGAUGGAUCACUUCAUCAAGUUGUACAAGAAGAAGAAGGGCAAGGACAUUAGGAAGGAUAACAGGGCGGUGCAGAAGUUGAGGCGAGAGGUGGAGAAGGCGAAGAGGGCGCUGUCGUCGAGCCAUCAGGUUAGGAUCGAGAUCGAAUCGUUCUUCGAAGGCGACGAUUUCUCCGAGACGCUCACCAGGGCUAAAUUCGAGGAAUUGAACAUGGAUCUGUUCCGUUCGACGAUGAAACCGGUGCAAAAGGUGCUCGAAGACGCCGACAUGAACAAAAAGGACGUGGACGAAAUCGUAUUGGUAGGCGGAUCGACUCGCAUUCCCAAAGUCCAACAGCUCGUUAAAGAAUUCUUUGGUGGAAAAGAACCUUCGAGGGGAAUCAAUCCCGAUGAGGCCGUCGCUUACGGGGCUGCCGUACAAGCUGGGGUUUUAUCAGGAGAAGAAGCCACCGAUGCUAUUGUUUUAUUGGAUGUUAAUCCGCUUACUAUGGGUAUCGAAACCGUCGGCGGUGUCAUGACAAAGCUAAUCCCUCGUAACACCGUCAUUCCCACAAAGAAAUCCCAAAUUUUCUCGACCGCCUCCGACAACCAACACACCGUUACGAUUCAAGUGUACGAAGGAGAACGUCCGAUGACCAAAGACAAUCAUUUGCUGGGCAAAUUCGAUUUGACCGGCAUCCCUCCGGCUCCCAGAGGUGUACCCCAAAUCGAGGUCACCUUCGAAAUCGACGCCAACGGUAUCCUCCAAGUAUCCGCCGAAGAUAAAGGAACCGGAAACCGAGAGAAAAUCGUCAUUACCAACGACCAAAACAGGCUAACACCGGAGGACAUCGAAAGGAUGAUCAAGGACGCCGAGAAGUUCGCCGACGAGGACAAGAAGAUGAAAGAAAGAGUGGACGCGAAAAACGAAUUGGAAAGUUACGCUUACUCGAUCAAGAACCAAAUCAACGACAAGGAGAAACUCGGAGCGAAGCUCUCCGACGAGGAGAAGACGAAGAUGGAGGAGGUUCUCGAUGAGAAGAUUAAAUGGAUGGAAGAGAACCAAGACACGGACGCCGAGGAUUACAAGAAGCAGAAGAAGGAAUUGGAGGAGGUGAUUCAACCGAUUAUUGCUAAGUUGUAUCAAAACACCGGAGGGGCUCCACCACCGCCGCCGUCGGGCGGUGAUGAUGAUGAUGAAUUGAAAGAUGAAUUAUAGAGUGAAUUUCUAGGCCCAAAAGACUGAAAUUAAAAACUUGUGCGUGUUUGAAUUGUAGUGCGAAUGAAUUUGUAUGUACAUUUGUUUUGUGGUUUAAUGACUGCCUUGUUUAAUUUUCAUAUACAAAAAGAAUAUAUUAACGAAUAAUAUUUCCAAUUCUUCUAACUACGUAUUCAUAAACGUGUAGAAAAAAAUCCAGUUAUGAUGUAUAUGUAAAUUAGGCUCGUUUCUUUUUUUUUGUACUAUUAGAAAUUUUGUAAUUUUAAAGUUUGCUUUAACUUGUAUGCAGACUUAUUUAUUUAUUUUUUUUGUCAGUUACAGGCGUAUGAUUUGUGAUAUGUUUAAUUUUAAAAAUGUAUUGUAAUUUUUCUUUUUGUACAUCUGUAAUUGACCACAGCAAUUUGUUUUCCUGAAGUUUUUCAAUAAAAUAUGAAAACC